GCUGUAGUGGCUUAAAGCAGAGGUUUAAACUCUAAUGGUGUAUCCAACAGCUAGAACUCGGAAAAGGGUUCACGCAGUUCUCCGUGCCCCUGAUGGAAGCGCCUUUCAGAAAUGUGAAAGUUGUGGAGUUUCGAUAGCAAUCGCUUUGGCUGACAUGCACGAGUGUGAAACUAAGAAGGAGUUGGCAGUGAAGAGGUUUAGAGGUGUAUGUGGGAGGCAAAGCGUUGUGACAGAGUCGCAGUCACAGUCACACACCAUUGGGGACCAACCCAGGUCGCCUUUUCGGUUUUUCAUGGAAAACUUUCUGAAGACCUGCAAGAGUAGGAAUUUGAUUAGCAUUGAUCAAGCUGGGUUUGACAUUUGGAAGAACAUGUCCAAGGAGGAGAGGGAACCAUACAUCAUUGAAGCUAAAAGGGUCAACUCUUCUUACAUGAAAGCUUUGCUUGUAGAAGUUAACAAUAUGCAAGAGAUUGAUUGCAGGUCAAUGAUGAGGCAGAUUCAGCAAUGGUUGGGAAGUUUGAUUGGGUUCGUCUACUUCAAAAUUUCUAUGAAGGCUAUGAAGACUAUGAGAACUGUUACAGCUCUGAUAGUUUUCCAUCUUGGGAAACUGAGAUCUUAGACACCUACGGUGUGCCCUACUAAUUUCCUGAACUUCAUGAAGCAAAUGGUGGAAUCAUGGGUCAUUGAGAAAUCUGACUUAAGUUCAAGUUUGUACGUGAAGGUCCCCUUGUCAAAACUUUGGGUUAAGGGGGCCAAUCAAUUGGCAAUGGUGAAAAUAUAGAUGCUAACAGAAUUUUUACCAUUA